UCGAGAACCCUCUUUGCCGACAUGUCUCCUCUUUGUUUGUGCGUCUCGAGCAGUAAAGAGAAUGGAGGGAAAAAAACAUAUUAUGUAGCUUCGCCCGUCCUCUCUCACACAAACACACCCAGCAACGAGGAGGGACACACGGGGGGGGCCACAUUAAAAAAAACCUCCCCUUUAGCCUUCCAGUCACUCCCCUUGUCCGAAGUUGUUAGCUUAUCAGGUGGCUACUAGCUAGCUCCCUCUUCUCCUCCCAGGCUAGCCGGCUCGCCUCAGCUUCCGUGUCCGCUCGCAGAGUCACCGCGGUCGGGCUCCAGUGUAACUAACCACCCCGCCACCACACCCGCGACCCGGGACCAGGAGGACGAAAACACCGCGCGGGUAUGGAAUGGUGCAUGCCGCAGGGCCAAGUGUGCAGCCGUUGAAUACAAGCGGAAUGAUGGACACGCAUCCACUGUGCACGAGGCUUUGUCCACAAGCUCUGGACAAAGAGGACGGCGCGGAGAGACAAGGUGCGGUCACGCUCAACCCUCGACACAUGAGGAAGGCCUUCAAAGUCAUGAACGAGCUGCGCAGUCAAAGCUCGUUGUGUGACGUCACAAUCGUAGCGGAGGACGUGGAGAUCGCCGCUCACCGCGUGGUGCUUGCCGCCGGGAGCCCGUACUUCCACGCCAUGUUCACAGGGGAGAUGACGGAGAGCCGAGCCAAGCGCGUGAGGAUAAAGGAGAUGGACGGAUGGACUCUGGGACUCCUAGUGGACUACAUCUACACUGCGGAGAUACAAGUCACAGAGGAGAAUGUGCAGGCUCUGCUGCCGGCCGCGGGUCUCCUGCAGCUGAAUGAGGUGAAGAAGGCGUGCUGCGACUUCCUGAGCUCUCAGCUGCACCCGUCCAAUUGCUUGGGCAUACGCGCCUUCGCUGACCUGCACGCUUGCUCGCAACUACUCACGCAGGCCAACUGCUACGCAGAGCAACACUUCACUGAGGUGGUCGGCAGCGAGGAGUUCCUCAAUCUGGGCAUGGAGCAGGUUUCCAGCCUCAUCGCCAGCGACAAACUCGCCAUUCCCACAGAGGAGAAGGUCUUUGAAUCGGUCAUCGCGUGGGUCAACCAUGACAAAGAUGUGCGCCAGGAGCACUUGGCCCACCUCAUGGAGCACGUGCGCCUGCCCCUGCUCACCAGAGAAUACCUGGUGCAGCGUGUGGAGGAGGAGUCCCUCAUCAAGAACAGCAGCGCGUGUAAGGACUACUUGAUCGAGGCCAUGAAGUACCACCUGCUGCCCGCUGACCAGCGAGCGCUCAUGAAGACGGCACGCACGCGCAUCCGAACCCCCGCCUGUUGCCCUAAGGUCAUGGUGGUGGUCGGCGGCCAGGCGCCCAAGGCCAUUCGCAGUGUGGAAUGUUACGACUUUGAGGAGCAGCGCUGGUACCAGGUGGCCGAGCUGCCCACCCGCAGGUGUAGAGCAGGCGUAGUGUACGUGGGUACUUGUGUUUAUGCCGUGGGGGGCUUCAACGGUUCCCUGCGUGUGCGUACGGUGGACUGUUACGACCCCUUGAUGGACCGCUGGACAAGCGUCAGCAGCAUGCAAGACCGCCGAUCCACACUAGGGGCCGCCGUGCUCAACGGCCUUUUGUACGCUGUGGGGGGCUUCGACGGAAGCACAGGUCUGUCCACCGUUGAGGCGUACAACGCCAAGACGGAUGAGUGGUUCCACGUCUUGCCCAUGAGCACGCGGCGUAGCAGCGUGGGAGUGGGUGUUGUUAAUGAGCGUUGUCACGGAAGGGAUUCAACUCCUAAGUCAAGGUACCACAGUGAAGGUAGGUAUUUUGUGUAUUUGUCAGGGAUCUUGUAUGCCGUUGGUGGUUAUGACGGGGCCACCAGACAAUGUCUGAGCACCGUGGAAGCCUACAACCCCAAAAGCAACACGUGGAGCUACAUCGCCGAGAUGGGCACGCGACGCAGCGGUGCAGGCGUGGGCAUGCUGAAGGGUUUGCUCUACGCCGUGGGCGGCCAUGACGGCCCCUUGGUGAGGAAGAGCUGCGAAGUGUACGACCCGGCCUCCGACAGUUGGCGGCAGGUCGCCGACAUGAACAUGUGUCGCCGUAAUGCAGGCGUGUGCGCUGUCAACAACCUGCUGUACGUGGUGGGCGGCGACGAUGGCAGCUGUAAUUUGGCGUCGGUGGAGUUCUACAACCCCAACUCGGACAAGUGGACACUGCUGCCCAGCUGCAUGAGCACGGGACGCAGUUAUGCGGGUGUGACUGUGAUCGACAAGCCCUUAUGACUGCCAGCGACGCCUGUCGCUGAUUAGAAGCCGAAGUUGCAGUUUCCUGCUGAAUUCUCAUGGGGGAUCUGUCGUCGUCUAACGCGACGUUUGCACGUUGCUCACUGACGUCGACGAGUGCCAAGACAGUGGUGACGACGAUGAAGGUGAUGAUGUUGGCCACUGAAGAUUUUUUUGCACAUAACGUGAGCGUAGGGAGGGUUUGAACCUGUGUUUUAAUCCCGUCACGGGCGGGUGGACAGGCGACCCGGCCUGGCCAACAAGGGGGUGCGGCCAGGCACCGUUGCCCAAUGACUACUGACACGAAGCUACUAAAAGUGCUAACAUUUGCUAGAGGGGAGGCUGCUGCUCUCGAAGUGGGACUAUGAAAAUCUUCUCAUCGCUGGAGUGUCUUUGCGUAUUGAUGCGCUUGCCUUCAAAAGUUCUCCAUUGCUUGUGAGCCUGUGUGCGUGUAUUUGUUUGUGUGUGCAUUUUGAGUCGACCGCCGCAUGAAUGCACUGUGCUUGCCCUCUGAUCUUUUGAGAGCGUUCAAGAGCGCCCGAAUGUUUAACGGCUGGCCGCUUCCUCCUUCCUUUUCGUGAUGCCUUUAGCGUCCUAAAUGGAAACAGUGACGAAACAUAACAGUGGAUGUUUCGAAAGAGGAACACCUUUUGCCGUACCCGACAGGAAAUUAGACUUUUUCUCCCAAAAAAAAAAUAGUUUUCCUGAAAAACAAUGCUUUAUAUAUAUAUAAAAUACUUUUUUUUUUUUUUUUUUUUCAAAAUUGUUACAUUUGUCUUGGCAACAAAUUUGACUUUCCUAACAAAAUUACUUUUUUCACACAAGAAAAAAUUCUCCCCCAAAUCUUUUUGUUAAAAUAUUGGGGUUUUUUUGUCCAAUUUUUAUUUCAACUAUGGCAUUUUUUUCCCCUGGGAAAAUUACCUGUUUUUCCCACAAACAAAAUGACAUUUUUCUUGAAACAAUACAAAUUUCUCCCCCCCCAAAUUUUUCUAGGGGAAAAAAAAAAUUCUCGUAAAAAUAAUUAUCAUAAAUAUAACUUUUUUUAAAACAUGAGCUUUUUUUUUUCUUGUAAAAAAAAAAAAAAUAAUAAUAAUAAUAAGACUGUGACAUUCCUAAAAAUAUAGAUUAAGUUUUUUUUUUGUUUUUUUUUAGUUUUUCACCAAAAUAAUUAUCUUCACUUUCUCCCCAACAAAGUUUUCUCAAAAUAGACAAGAAAAAUAGGACUUCUUGGAAAAAAGAAAAUAAAUAGGGAAAGAAAUAGCCUUUUUUUUUUUCUUUAAAAAAAAAAAUGGGACAUUUUCUGCAAAAAAAUACACCUUUUUUCCUCUAACUUUCACUCAAAAAUAUGAGGGGUUUUUUUCUGGAAAAAAAUAUGGAGAAGAGAAGCCUUAGUGAAGCGCGUUGCCAAACGCAUGGCAGCCUGAAAGGGGGUGCUAGGUCUUCUGAGAGGUCGUACAGUAUAGCACGUGCAUUACUGUUGCUCGGCAGCCAAGUUUUUGCUCACUGCAUGUGCUCCCCCUCCCCAAUGGACUAACCCUACAAACUGACAUGUUAUGAAUGUGCCAAAUUUCCAGCUGCAUCUUUAAUUCCCGAAAGUGACCAAACUCUUAGCAUAUUUUUUCUCCCCUCCUCCCUUUCUAGUAACUGCUUUCGCUGCAUAUGUUUCGUCAACUGUAUAUCGAGGACUGUCGUGUAGGCUUAAUGACUUUGGAUAUGUUUCACACUACAUGUUUUGUAGAGCAUUAUUAAUAAAUCAUAUGCUUCUUGUAUUUAAAAAAAAAAAAGCUGUGAAAUGACAUCGUGAUCUGUUUUUAAUAACUUUGCCAAAUCAGUAAACUAUUUAAAUGGAUUGUCUUGUACUUAUUGUCCAAUUUCUGUAAAAAGCUGACACACCCCUUUUCAAAUGCCAGGUUGUUGGGAUAGAAAAAAUGAGACCAAAAUAAAUAAUUUUGAGACUUUUUUCCCCCCCAUGAAUGUGGUCUACAACCUGUUCAGCUCAAAUGGGGGAAGAAAAAGGAAAGAAAAAAAACUUUGGACCUUGUGUGGCUUGUGCCAUGAGAUGUGAGUACAAAAAUGUCCUGAAAGGCUUACUAGAACAUCUGAACUUUAUUUGGGGUUAAUUAAAGUACUUUUUAAGGGGGAACCUCGCCCCUUAUGAAAGCCAUACUGGACUUCUAAUCUUUAAGAGCGUUUGAGAGCACCCGAAUGUUAAAUUCUUGGUUGCUUGCUUGUUCAUGAUUUUUUGUCCUGUCUUCAGCACCGUUCAUGGACGCAGUGACAAAACAUUGAAGUAUGGUU